UCAAAAUUUGAGUCUUUGAUUUCUUUGUCUUGAAAAUUCAUGGAUCGUGAUAACGAGCUCGGAGUGUGUGUGGUAUCACAACAGAUUUUUCUCUCAAAUUUCGUAUGAAUAGCUAUCAUAGUUUCCAAAAAAGCUCUCGGAUUUAAUAUUUUCUAAAACAUGAACUGUGAAGAAUUCAGGAGGUAUUUAAUUCAUUUUUCCUCGCACGAUUUCAAAUGUUGAGUUAUUUCCGAAGAAACUGAAUGAAAAAAGAAUUAUUAAUUUCGUAAUACAAUAAACAACCUGUGACGUAGCUAAAUUAAUCGAUUCAAACAAGCUUUAGUAAAUCAAUCAACGCAGUACUGUGAAUUGAGUUUUCUCUUCCAAUCCACACCUGUUUAUCAUCAUUGCCAAUAUCUCCCUUGUCAGUUUAGCAAACUGAGCAGUUCUUCCUCCAUCAUUAUGUACAGGUUACACCGGAACUUAAACCGAAGGAGAAGGAGAUGUUCAAUCCUACCGUGGACUGUAUGCUGUUCACGUUACAGCCUUGUAUUUCAACUAGCAUGGCGUUGAAAAUACCUGUUAUUUGCUUAUUUCUCAUUUGAACCAAGUGAAUCCUGUUAGAAUUGUAUAUUCUACUUCUGCUGAAAGAGAGCUGGCUGUGUGAGUGUGGAAUUUUGCUACCCGAAGGCAUUCCCAAUUGAAUUGGUAACUAUUGUGGAUUUGAUGGAUAAAUUAGGAUUAAAAAUGUUCUAGACUUUAUAAUAUGUUCAUUUAUAUUGACUGAAUUAGAAAAACAUCGCUGGAUCAUCGUUGUAAACCUUUUGUUUGCUAAGUUGUAUUAUCAAUGCUAUGCAGAUGAGGAUACAAACACAGUGAAUAAUAAUAGUCUUUCAGCUACAAUAUAUUCACAUGAAUUCAAGAAUUGGUUACCUACUCACUUGAUUUAUUCACCUGAACUUAUGGUUGCAAGAUAUGUUCUCAGAUGUGAAGAAUGCGAUUAUAUGUAUUUCUUAUAAUCUUCUUCCGUAUGGUUGUGUCAAUGAAAACAUGCACAUCACUCUUCUGUCCUCCAGUAUCGGAAAAAAGAAAAAUCACUAUAGAACGGGAACUGCCCUUGAAAUUCAUCGGUAGGGAUGAACAAACUGGAUGCAACUGUGCUGAAGCACCAAACGUUUAUAGCUUAUGUUUCAACAUAAACAGUAAGACCACACCAUGUUCAAGAUUUCCAAGAAAAAUAAGCAUAACUACCAAAACUCUCAUCCUAAAAACCACAUACAUUACAGAACUGACGUAUGGAGAUUUCAGCAACAUAACACAUCUAGAAAUGUUGACCAUCGACAACAACCAGCAUCUCUUUCAUGUUCAACCCUUCAUUUUUGAAAACAUGACGAAGCUUAUUUCUUUGAGUUUCAUCUCCAACCCCUUGCUUACCAAUUUUCAUCCGGAUACCUUCAAAGGACUACUCAACUUAAAAGAACUCAACCUUGUCAAGAAUGGAUUCCAAAAUAUCGAUAUACUUGCUCUUACUAUGAAGUCCAGUAUUGUACCAAAUCUUCUCAAGGUGAAUUUGAACGAGAACGUUUUCCAGAAUAUAACAGAAAUUAGUUUUGAACCUAUGGAAGGAAGUAGACUUGAAGAACUCAACUUGAUCUCAUGUGCGAUUGAAAAUAUUCAUCCUGAUUCCUUGAAACCUUUGAAGUAUUUGUCGAUUCUUCGUUUGGGCAGCAAUAGGUUUGAUUUAAAGACUUUGGUGGAUCUUCUGAAAUCAACUAUCGAGAUGGGAAUAGAUCUGAAGGUGUUAGAUUUGUAUUUAUCUGGAUUACGAGGUUUUAUGCCUAAAGAUGUUUUGGAAGUGAUCGCAAAGUCAAAUAUUUCAUCGUUAAUUUUGAAAAGGAAUCAGUUCGAUAUCCUAGAAACUAAAUUAUUUCCUGUUUACAUGCCAAAGCUGACUAUGUUGGAUCUAACAGAUGUCUCAGCCCAAACGAUUUCCAAUCAAACCUUUUCCAAACUGCCAAACCUCAAAACACUAGUAUUAGCUCAAAAUAAGCUCUCAUAUUUUGCUGCGUCUGAAUAUUUGCCAAAUUUAACCUAUUUAGAUCUCAGGAAAAACACAGACUCGUAUGGAUGGGAAUUUUCGUUGACCAAAAGCAAAUUGCACAAGAUGAAAUUACAAUAUCUGGAUCUUCAAUUCACAAGACUUCUAGUUCUGACAAAAACCGAUUUUGGAGCUAUGCCUUAUUUGAGAAUUUUGAAUAUGAAGAAUUGUAGCAUAUUCAGGAUAGAGAACGACACUUUAAGUGGAAUGUCUAAUCUCGAGUUCUUAAAUUUAGAAAAUAAUUUAUUCUUCAAGAUGUGGAUUAAUCCAAAUGUGAAGUUCGAUAUUUUCGGUGGACUAGAGAAACUUGAAAUAUUGCUAAUGGGAGGAAACUCAAUAUCUUCACUUAGGGCUCCCAAUAAACAUCUUUUAAAACAUCUGAAGAACUUGAAACAUUUAGGGUUGAAUAGAAAUAACUUACAGACACUAGCAAAUGAAGAUUUUGCCUUUUUAACGAAAUUAGAAGUGCUUGAUAUAUCAGAAAAUCGUAUUGUGAGUUGGGAUGAAAGAAUUUUUCCGAAUAUACACCUGAAGAAGUUCCAUAGCUCAUUCAAUAAAAUCACAAGAAUGAGUGACGCCAUGUUAGCAGAUUUACAAUACUUGCAAGAGGUUCAAAUGGAUUUCAAUUCAUUCAUUUGUGAUUGUUUCAUGAAAAGAAAAACAAGUGACAACCGAAGUGCUCUGACUGAAUUCUCCAAACUCAUCAAAGACCAAGAGUUGUACUGUUUAAGGCCAUACACAAAUGUAACUCUCCUUAGUUUUCUCCAAAAUAUCAUAAAUGGUUCUCUAGACUGUGAUACUAAAAUAGAUUUAUUAGUUUAUGCCCUACCUCUUAUCAUUAUUUUUGUGAUAUUUUCCAUUUUGUCGAUAUUGGGAUUCAUUUAUAGAUGGCAUAUUCGUUAUUGGAUAUUUUUGAUGAGAAUUUAUUUGAUAAGAAGAGGGAAGCUGCAGAGAGACAAAGUUGAAGGGUACACAAACUUUCAAUUCGAUGCCUUUGUAUCUUAUUGCAACCAGGAUCAAAAUUUUGUGAUAAAACUUGUUAAAAUGUUAGAGAAUAGUGAACCAUAUAUAAGGCUGUGUAUUUACGAAAGGGAUUUUCAGGUAGGCAGUUAUAUUUCUGAGUCUGUGCUGGAACAUAUGUCCAAGAGUAGGAAAACAAUCCUGGUUGUAAGCGAUUCGUACGUUAAGUCAUAUUGGUGUAAUUGGGAAACCCAAAUUGCAGAGCACCAUAGACUGUAUUCAAAAGAUCUCAAUGAGAGUAUGGAUGAGAGUAUAGUUUUGAUAAAGCUUGGUAAGAUUGACGAAAUGCAUUUGAACCCUACCCUGAAGUAUAUUUUGAAAACUAGAAUCUAUUUGGAAUGGGAUCUAGAUGAAGAGAGACAGGUGAUAUUUUGGAGAAAACUCAGGAAAUUUCUCAUGCCACCUAAAAGUGAGUUUACCGAAAGUACACAUUUGUGAUUUUUUUUUAGUUAUACUUGUUCCUUACCUACCUCUUUGGUUUUCAUAAUUGUUUCCGAAAAUUCCAUUAUGUAAGAUUUGUACGAAUCUAUGUAUAUUAUUUAUUUGUAUGUGUUUCUCAGUAAAUAUAUAUUUAUUUAUUCAACUUCAUGAAUUA